AUGUGUAUUGUCAGGAGGAGGGAUAAGAGUGGGGUUGGAAUGGAAAAAUUACAAUUUAAGAGCUUCCAAUGGACUCAUAACUGGGAUUCAAACUUCCUGGAAACAGUUCCCACGUUGGCCUCUAUUUUGGCACACUGAGCCUCGAAUGGAAAAGAAACCGUGGACCGAAAAUAGGACACGGUUGCAAAGAAUGCACAGAAAGCCAACUUUUCCUCUCAUGGCAAACCUAUCAUUGUGAUGUCAUUUGUUGAUUUGUUUCUGCUCCAGAAAGCUGUGGCGAGCGCCUUUCGAAAGGGAAGGAGAAACAAGAUACAGGAUUUCCUUUGAGUACAGUCAUUGCUCCCGUCUUCGGGCUCCUGAAAAAUCCGUCCAGUCAGUUUGAAAGCUCGGGUUCCCAGAAGAGCGACGGAGGCGACAGAGAAAAACCUUGUGAAACAAAAUGGGCAACGCAGCUGAGCCCACAAGAAGGUCCUUUGGCUUUCUGGCAUUCUCAUUUCUCGAUGGGGUGGCAGUCGCCGUUUAAAAGAAUGGAAACUGUUGAGAGGACUCUUCUAGUCAACUCCAGUUGCCUUCGGGGAUCUUGCCAACCUGAUCAAGAUGGGAGACAACAGUUCUACUGGGAAUUGUACCGACCCAUCCAUGGAUUUCCAGGCCACCUUGUACGCCGCCACGUACACCAUCAUCUUCAUUCCAGGCCUCCUGGGCAACGGCAUUGCCCUUUGGGUCCUGUGCCGCUUCAUCAACAAGAAGAAUAAAGCCGUCAUCUUCAUGAUGAACUUGGCCGCAGCUGACCUGGCCCACAUCUUCUCUUUGCCCUUACGAAUGUAUUACUACAUCAACCAUAGUUGGCCUUUUGGGGGCUUCCUUUGCCAGUUAUGCUUCUACCUGAAGUACCUCAACAUGUAUGCCAGCAUCUGCUUCCUCACCUGCAUCAGCAUCCAAAGGUACCUCUUCCUGCGCCAUCCUUUCAAAGCCAAGGACUGGAAAUGCAGGUACGACAUAGCCAUAAGUGUGGCUAUCUGGACCGUUGUGGGGGCCGCUUGCUUACCCCUCCCAAUUCUGAGGAGUCCCAGCUUGACCAACAACACCAACACCUGUUUUGCUGAUCUUGGAGUGAGACAACUGAAUAUGGGGACCUCCAUUGCGAUGGUGCUGGUGGCCGAACUCUCUGGGUUUCUGCUCCCCCUUGUGAUAAUCCUUUAUUGCACAUGGAAAAUGAGGCAGUCCCUCCAGGAGUCCCACGCCCCUUUGCAACACGCUAAUGAGAAGCAGAAAGCUUGGCGCAUGAUCUUGGGAUGCGCAGCGGUGUUCUUCAUAUGCUUCACGCCUUACCACGUGAACUUCCCUCUGUUUAUGAUGGUGAAACAGGAGGCCAUCCGAGACUGCUCCGCACGCCGCAGGACUUUGUAUUUCCAUUCCAUUUCUCUGUGCCUUGCAAGCCUCAAUUGCUGCCUGGAUCCAAUUAUCUACUAUUUUAUGACAUCGGAGUUUCAGGAAAAGUUGUUCCGGAACUGCCGUGCCAACAUCUGGAGCCGGCUCACCAAUCUCGACAGCAGCAGGUCCCCAGGCUCCUCGGCAGGGGAACAGGGUGAGCGGGCUAAGAGGAACAGAAGUGUGCUAAUGACAUAUUUUUGGACUCUUCGGCCACAUAGGUCUGACCAGGAUGGCAUGGAGUCUCCCCUUUCUACCUAACUAAGGGGUGGUUGACACAUGUGUGUCCUUCACUUGAUUCCUUAACAGGCUUCCAUUGAUUGUAUGGACUGACAACGUUAAAAAGUCCCAAACAGGGAAUGGGGAAAGGGAAAUGUGACAUUUCUGUAUACUUUUAGCAAGAUUUGCCAAUCCCUUCCUCUGUGUCAAAAGGAGUAUGACCUUCCCAAGGCAGCCCAGUGGGUUUCUAUGGCCCAAUAGUAUGAUAAUCCUGGUUUCCAGAGUCAUUAUCCAAUGCUCAGACCACUACGCCAGGGGUCCUCAAACUAAGGCCCAAGGGCCGGAUAUGGCCCUCCAAGGUCAGGGUCAACCUAAGUCUGAAACGACUUGAAAGCACACAACAACAACAACAACAACAACUUAUUUAUUUAUUACAUACAUUUCUAUCCUGCCCGUCUCACCACAAGGGGACUCAGGGUAGCCUUACAUGAGCAUCCAAUGAUUCAAUCCACAUAUAUACCAGUAAAAUUACAAUUAAAACAAUAAAAUCAAUUUAAAACAUUAUCCAGAUUCAACAGUAAAUUCAUCUAUAUAAAUAAAAAUGUAAUGUUCGUUUGUGGGAUUAACAGAACUCAAAAAUCACUCGAUGAAUUGACACCAAAUUUGGACACAAGACACCUAACAACCCAAUGUAUGUCCUCCACUAAAAAAAAAAUUGAUUUUGUCAUUUGGGAAUUGUAGUUGCUGGGAUGUAUAGUUCACUUACAAUCAAAGAGCAUUCUCAACCCCACCAAUGAUGGAAUGAAAGCAAACUUGGCACACAGUUCUCCCAUGAUCAACAGAAAAUACUGGAAGGGUUUGGUGGGCAGUGUCCUUUGGUUUUGGAGUUGUAGUUCACCUACAUCCAGAGAUCACUGUGGACUCAAACAAUGAUGGAUCUGGACCAAACUCUACACGAAUACUCAAUAUGCCCAAAUGUGAACACUGGUGGAGUUUGAGGAAAAUAGAAUCUUGACUUUUGGGAGUUGUGGUUGCUGGGAUUCAUAGUUCAUCUACAAUCACAGAGCAUUCAGAAUCCCACCAACAAUAGAAUUGGGCCAAACCUCCCACACAGAACCCCCAUGUGGGCCACAGAAAUGCAUGGCAGGAGACGGCUAGUUAACAAUAAAUUAGCGUGCCAAUACACCAAAUCCAAGCUGGGAGAGUCCAAUAUCGGGAUGUCCAAAAGUUUUUCUUUCAUAUUACCGUUCCCCUCUAGUCAAAUGCCUGCUUCCAGAGCCAGGUCUUCAGUUGUCUUCUAAAGGACAGGAGGGAGGUGGCCAACCUGAUGUCCUUAGGGAAGGAGUUCCACAGACGGGGGGCCACUGCCAAAAAGGCCCUGUCUCUCGUUCCCACCAACAAAUAGAAGAGAGUUAAUGCCAUCCUUCCCUAUCUCUGUUGGGUAAAUGGUCAUGGAAGUGUGCUCCUGGGACCUAAAGCUGGCAGGGUGAGGAGGUGAGGUGUUGCACAUUGAAUGCCUCCUUUCACAACAAGGAACAAAGACCAUACAUAUGUUUAUUGUUGUAGGUGUAUGUAUGUCAGCCAAUGAAUGACUUUAUAGCAGCGGUUAGGGCUGGAACUAGGAGCCAAAAACUGCAUGUGCUGAUGUCUAUCUGUGUUGGAGCAUUCCUUGGCAAUCUGUUGUCUCUACAUUCCACAGAAAACCCAACCAUGGUGGACAUGCAUUGACUUCCCUUCAACCCAAAGACCUAAUGGAAGCUUCCCAGGUAAGCUAGGGCUUUGCCUGUGCCACAAUAUUGAUGGUCUCUCCACAUCUGAAAUGGAUUCUUUCAUUGGCAGCUGCCAUUUUCCUGCAUAAUACUCCAGAACCUUUGGACUGAAGUACGCCAGGCAAAAAGAAAAGAAAAUCUGAAAAGAAAGUCAUCCUUACGCAAAUCAACAGUGAGAAAUGGGAUAGCCAAAAAAAGGAGGGGCAGUUCGUAACUAUUCAUCAUUGUUUUGUUAUUUAUGAACUUGAUCCCUAUAUUCUUUAAGGGAUUUGGCACUUCUAUGUUUUAUGUAACUUUCCUUUCAGAGGCUGUUAUCAAGAGGUUCCAAAUAAAGCUGCCAAAAUCA